AUGAUAUCUCGCGAGAAGAGCGACUACGUUCGCAAAGUGCAGGAAAAGGCCGUUAUCGAAAAGAGACAAAUGGCGGUGGAAAGCCGCGCGAGCGAGGCGCAGGUGGGGAAGGACGGCAGGGAGAGCCGGGAGUCGCAGGAGAGCGUAGAGCCUGCGCCGACAGAAGUGCGCGUGCUCACGCUCAACCACGGCGAGCAUCAGGACGCCACCAUCUACCGAUUCGAGAAAGGUUGCUACAUACAUUUUUCUCCAGGUCCAAGUCUACUCGGGCGGAAAGUCUUCUUGUAUACCAAUUAUGUCGCGACCGACACCCAGUUCGUGCGUAACCAGUACUACGGGCUGGAGUGGAGGCGCGGCUCGGACGACGAGGGUGAGGCGGGGGAGGGGGCGGGCGGCGAGCCGCUGGGCAGCGGCCUGUUGAUCACGGACACCGACGUGUACUGUGCGUUGCGGCUGGCGCGCGCCGGCAGCUUCCACUACUACUUCGUGUACGACAGCGCGGAGUCACAUCUCGGUCCCCAGGGCUCUGGCUGGUUCCACGUGAGCCCCACACUACGAGCGGGCGAGCGCGUGCUGACUCCGGACGCGAUCAUGUGCCAGACCGUGCUGGCCAAGUGCCUGGGGCCGCUGUCGCGCUGGGAGCGUGCGCUGCGUCCCGCCCGCGAGGCGCGCUACAACAUGCUGCACUUCACGCCCGUGCAGGAGCUGGGCGCGUCCAAUUCAAGCUACAGCAUCGCGAACCAACUCCGCCUGAACCCGCGCUUCAGCGAUGACGGUUCGCGCGAAGCCACAUUCGCAGACGUUGAAAAUUUUGUGGCCAAAAUACGGAACGAGUGGAACAUGGUGUCUAUCUGCGACGUGGUGCUGAACCACACGGCCAACGAGACGGCGUGGCUGGCGACGGCGCCCGAGGCGACGUACAACUGCCUCAACUGCCCGCACCUGCGCCCCGCCGCGCUGCUCGACGUCGUGCUGGCGCGCCUCGCCGCCGACCUGGCGCCGCGCCGCCUCACGCAGCCCGACCAGCUCGAGGGCGUGAUUCACAUCCUGGAGACACAGCGGCUGGUGGAGGCCCGCCUCCACGAGCUGUUCAUGUGCGACGUGGACUCGCUGGUGGAACAGUUCCAGAGCCUGGCCCGCAACAAGGUGCCGGCGAUGCGCGUGGAGGGGACGGGGGAAGGGGAAGACGCGCUGCAGCUGCAGCCUGACCCGCUGUACCGUCGCCUGCGCGCCACCAUAGAUAUGGAUCUCGCGCUGCGCCUAUAUAACGUCUACAGGCCGGAGUGUGGCGACGAAGAGGCGCGCGUGCGCGCGUGCGGCGAGGCGCUGGCGCAGCGCCUGGCGCAACUCAACGCGGCACAGGCCGACGAGCUGCGCGCGCACCUGCGUGCCGCCGCAGCCAACUGCCUGGCCGCCAUGAGAUACUAUCGCCUGCAACCGGACGGACCCAAAAUUGAGGAAGUUAGCGAGAAACACCCACUGGUGCCUAGGUAUUUCACAUACCCGUGUCCGAUGGGUUCCCUGGAGGAGAUGGAGGCGCUCAUCUACUCGGACGAGGGCCGGUUCGUGAUGGCGCACAACGGCUGGGUGAUGGACGCCGACCCGCUGCAGGAUUUCGCGGCACGCGCUGCCGGCGGCCGCGUGUACUUGCGCCGCGAGCUCAUCGCCUGGGGCGACAGCGUCAAGCUCAGAUACGGUGAAAAGCCGGAGGACAGUCCGUUCCUGUGGGCGCACAUGCGCGAGUACGUGGAGCUGACGGCCGAAGUGUUCGACGGCCUGCGCCUCGACAACUGCCACUCGACCCCGCUUCAUGUAGCUGAGUAUAUGCUGGACUGUGCCAGGAAUGUGAAGCCCGACUUGUAUGUAGUGGCCGAGUUGUUUACGAACUCGGACCAUGUGGAUAAUAUAUUUGUGAAUCGACUCGGUAUUACUUCACUUAUCCGAGAGGCGCAGAGCGCGUGGGACGCGCAGGAGCAGGGGCGGCUGGUGCACCGGUUCGGCGGCCGCGCCGUCGGCUCGCUGGCGCCGCGCCACCGCGCCGCCGCGCCGCGCGUCGCGCACGCCAUGUUCCUCGACCUCACGCACGACAACCCGUCGCCGCUCGACAAGCGGUGCGUGUUCGACAUGCUGCCGACGGCGGCGCUGGUGGCCAUGGCGUGCUGCGCCACCGGCAGCACGCGCGGCUACGACGAGCUGGUGCCGCACCACAUCCACGUGGUGGAGGAGUCGCGGCUGUACUGUGAGUGGGGUGAAGAUGGGGUGGGUGAGGGUGCAGGGGUGGGGGCGGCGGAGGGGCGAGUGGGGGGCGGCAGCGGACUGCUGGCGGCGCGCCGCGCGCUCAACGAGCUGCACUACCAGCUCGCCGUCGAUGGUUACAGCGAGGUGUAUGUCGAUCAGAUGGAUGCGGAUGUCAUAGCUGUAACCAGACAUGAACCUCGUUCUAGAAAGUCAGUAAUUUUAGUUGCAUUCACGGCGUUCAACGCGCCCGAUCCCUCAUUCGGCGGCCGCUACGUUAAACCUUUGCGUUUCGAAGGACAAUUGGACGAGAUCAUUUUCGAGGCGAACAUGCGCCAUGUUGAUUACAGAACGAGCGGGCAGCCGUUCAAACCGCCGAGCUCGUUCACGAAACACGCUCAGUACAUAAACGGGCUGAGCGAGUACGAGGUGUGCGUGCAGCGGAGCGUUGCGCUGGCACAGUCGAGCGUGUUCGCGGGCGCGCGGCGCGAGGGCGCGCACACCGUGCUGGAGUUCCGCGCGCUCGGCCCGGGCGCCGUGGUGGCGCUGCGCGUGUCGCCGGACGCGCCGCACGCCGCCGCUCUGGCCGCGUCGCGCAACGUUGCGCCGCACGCGCUGGCCGCCGCGCUGGCGCCCGCGCUCGCUGACCUAGACCUCGCCGACUUCAACACGCUGCUGUACUGCUGCGACGCGGAGGAGCGCGAGCGCUGCGACGGCGGCGUGUACGACGUGCCCGGCUACGGCCCGCUCGUGUACGCCGGCCUCCAGGGCGUCGUGUCACUGUUCGACGAGGUGGUGGCGCGGGAUGACCUCGGGCACCCGGUGUGCGACAACCUGCGCGCCGGCGACUGGCUGGUGGAGUACCAGUGGCGGCGGCUGGAGGCGGAACCGCGGCUGGGUGGCGUGGCGGCGUGCUACCGCGCGGCGCUGGCCCCGCUGGCCGGGCUGCCGCGCUUCCUGCUGCCGAUGUACUUCGAGGCGGCGGCGCGCGCGCUGCACGCGGCCGUGGAGCGCGCGGCGGCGGCGCGGCUGGGCGCGUGGGCGCGCGGCGGGCGCGCGGUGCGCGAGCUGGCGCUGACGGGCGUGCAGCUGACGGCCGCCGUGCGCUCGGCGCCGCUGCCCGGCGGCCGCGCGCGCGCCUCGCUGUCGGCCGGCCUGCCCCACUUCGUCACCGGCUACAUGCGCUGCUGGGGCCGCGAUACCUUCAUUGCGCUGCGCGGCCUCUAUCUCCUCACCGGCCGCUAUCAGGACGCACGAGCCCACAUCCUGGCGUACGCUGCUUGCUUAAGACAUGGGCUCAUACCUAAUUUGCUAGAUGGCGGUCAUAACGCUCGCUUCAACUGUCGUGAUGCGGUCUGGUGGUGGUUGCAAAGUAUAAAACAGUACUGCAGCGAGGCGCCGCAAGGCUAUGCGCUGCUGGGCGAGCCGGUGGCACGCUUGUUCGCGCGCGACGGGGAGCCCGCGCCCCGCACACAGCCGCUGUACGACGUCAUGCAGGAGGCGCUUGACACGCACUUUCAGGGCCUUGUGUUCCGAGAGCGAAACGCCGGGCGCGCCAUCGACGCCCACAUGACAGAUAAAGGAUUCAACGUGCAAAUCGGUAUCGACCCCGAGACCGGAUUCCCGUUUGGGGGUAACGAUUACAAUUGUGGCACUUGGAUGGACAAGAUGGGCUCGUCGGAGGCGGCGGGCACGCGCGGGCGGCCGGCCACGCCGCGCGACGGCAGCGCCGUGGAGCUGGUGGCGCUCGCCUACAGCGUGGCGGCCUGGCUGGCGGCCCAGCACCGCGCCGCGCGCUUCCCGCACGCCGGCGUGGCGCGGCGCCACCGCGGCGGCGCGCUCACCGCCUGGACCUACGCGCAGUGGGCCGAGCGCAUCCGCCGCAACUUUGAGCGCUUCUUCUGGGUGCCGGCCGCGCCCAGCGCCGCCGACUUGCGUCCCGACCUCGUGCACCGCCGCGCCAUCUACAAGGACACGCACGGCGCCACGCGCCCCUGGGCCGACUACCAGCUGCGCUGCAACUUCCCCGUCGCCAUGGCCGUCGCGCCCGAACUCUUCGACCCGAAGCACGCUUGGCUUGCGCUCGACAACGUCGAGCGGCUGCUGCUGGGCCCGCUCGGCCUGAAGACGCUCGACCCGGCCGAUUGGGCGUACCGCGGCGACUACGACAACUCGAACAAUAGCGACGACCCGAACGUCGCCCACGGAUACAACUAUCACCAGGGCCCCGAAUGGGUGUGGCCGCUCGGGUUCUAUCUGCGGGCGCGUCUCGCGUUCGCACAGGAGAACGGUGUGUACGCGAAGACGGUGGCCGCAUCGUACGCGGCACUGGCGCCGCUCGUGAGCGAGCUGCGUGCGUCGCCGUGGCGCGGCGUGCCCGAAUUGUGCAACGCGGGCGGCGCGUACUGCGCGGACUCGUGCCGCUCGCAGGCCUGGAGUUCGGGCACGGCGCUGGAGGCGCUGCACGAGCUGGAGCUGGCGCGGCGCGCGCUGGGCCCCGCCGCGCCGGCGCCGGCGGACUGA